AUGUCGUCGAUUUAUUUAGAUAUCAUUAUAUUUAAUCCAUCGACAGGAAUUUAUAAGCGUAUCGAAGUCACGGAUUUGGCCUUCCAUGGGACUAGUAGCAUACCAAUAUCAGAAGAUAGACAUUUUACAAAUUUUGGGUUCGGGUUUGGGUUUGAUCAUGUUAAUGAUGAUUACAAAGUUGUGAAAGUUACAAGCAAUCAUUUUGAUGAUCUACGAGUAGUAGAUUCGAAAGUUAUGGUUUAUAGUUUAAAGACGAAUUCUUGGAGACGAGCUCAGAAUUUUCCUAGAUCAUUGAAUAGGUACAUGGACUCUCUUAUGGAGGCAGCCGUAAUAGACAACCAUUUACUUCAUUGGCUUAUAUAUUCACCCCUAGGUCAAUUGGAGAUUGCUUGUUUCGAUAUAUGUAACGAGACAUGGAGGGAAGACAUCGCGUGUCCUAACUCUUUAGUACCUAGAUCUUGUUCAAAUCCAGAAUUAGGAGUUUUAGACGGGUGUUUGUAUUUCUUUUAUGAGAUUUUAAGUACAAGUAAAUUCGAUGUAUGGGUGAUGAAAGAGUACGGGGUGAAAGAAUCAUGGGUGAAGUUGUUUGAAAUUGACUUUCGUGUUUUUGUGAAUAACAUUUGUCAUAGAACUUGGCGUUUGAGGGAGGCUUCUUGGGUGAUGAUAGAUGUAAUUCCUACAAGUACAACCGCGGCUAAUUCCAUGACAUACGUGAUUCCUAGUUCAACUAUGGGUUAUGUAUGCAACGGAUCCCUUGUUAACAUUCCUGGUGGUAGACCAUUACGCGUCAACAAGGAAUUUCGUUUAACUACUUUUAAAGAGGUAUUUAGAUUAGCUAGUCGAAAGCGUACUAAAGGUCGUACUAAUAAUGCUUUGGCUAAACAACAACAACAACAAAGGGAUUUUAAUCUUCAAGGACAAGGGAAACGAUUGAUGAACAACAAAUGGACGCGAUGA